AGCGCUGGGGCUCGGGCGCUUGGCCGCAGUCGGUGCGCCGGGCAAGGCAGCGGCGUGCGGAUGCGGGAGAGAAAUAAAUGAGGAGUCAUAGCGAAGACGCAAUUGCAGCCAAGGGGAAGGAGCAGGCCUCUCCGAAGGGAGCUGACGGUGGGGAUCACUGGAGCCUCGCAGCUCUGGCUUCCACCAGCGCUGACUUCUGGGCACAGCUGUUCGCCGGAGCCCUUCCUGCUGCUGCUCGUCGGCUUGUUCUGCAGCCAUGGAAUCGAAUGGCACAUUCCUCGCUUGCAACAGCCUCAAAGAUGACAAGGAUCUGAAGUUCCUCCUGAAGGGCAGCCAGCUGCUAAAAGUGAAGUCCAGCUCCUGGCGAAAGGAGCGGUUUUAUAAGCUCCAGGAGGACUGCAAAACCAUCUGGCAGGAGUCGAAGAAGGUGCUGAGAUCUCCAGAGUCACAGAUCUUCUCCAUUGAAGAUAUUCGGGAUGUGAGGUCAGGCCAUAAAACAGAAGGUAUGGAAAAAUACGCCAAGGAUGUCCCAGAGUAUCGCUGCUUUUCCAUCAUCUUCAAAGACCAGCGGAAAAACCUGGACCUCAUUGCGAGUUCAGAGGAUGAUGCCAACCACUGGAUCUCCGGCCUUGGGAAAAUCAUAGCCCACAGCAACUCCAUGAACCAGAAACAGAAACUCCAACACUGGAUUCACACCUGCCUGCGGAAAGCUGAUAAAAACAAAGACAACAAGAUGAGCUUGAAAGAGCUCAAAGACUUCCUGAAAGAAGUGAACAUUGAGGUCGAUGACUAUCAUGCCAAGAAGAUUUUCCAGCACUGUGACAAGUCCAAAACAGAGGCUCUGGAGGAUGAUGAGAUAGAGGAAUUUUACAAGAUACUGACUGAGAGGAGGGAGAUAGACAACAUCUUCCAAAUGUACUCAGAUGCAGACGGGUUCAUGUCCUGCCAGAACCUGGUGAGGUUCCUCUAUGAGACGCAGCAGGAAGAAGAUGCUGUUGUUGCUGCCCCUGCCUUAAUUCAGAGAUAUGAGCCCAAUGAAAGAGCCAAGAGGGGUAACGCCAUGACCAAAGACGGCUUCCUGAUGUACCUGCUGUCUGAUGAGGGGGAUAUAUUCAACUCCUCCCACCGUAAAGUGUACCAGGACAUGACCCAACCUCUCAGUCACUACUUGGUGUCAUCCUCACACAAUACCUAUCUCAUGGAAGACCAGAUCACAGGUCCGAGCAGCACAGAAGCCUAUAUCAGAGCCCUCACCAAAGGCUGCCGCUGUGUGGAGCUGGAUUGCUGGGAUGGCCCCAACUCAGAGCCCGUCAUUUAUCACGGCUACACCCUCACCUCCAAGAUCCUCUUCAGUGAUGUCAUUAAGGCCAUCAAGAACUAUGCUUUCAAAACGUCACCAUACCCUGUCAUCAUCUCCCUGGAGAACCACUGCAGUGUCGACCAGCAGAAGGUCAUGGCUCAGCACAUGACAACAAUCUUCCAGGACAUGCUCUUGGUUGCCCCAGUGGAUGGAAACAAAUCCCAGUUCCCCUCCCCAGAGCAAUUGAAAGGGAAGAUCCUUGUGAAAGGCAAGAAGCUGAGCAGGCAGGAGGACCCCACAAAUGGGAACAACAACCUGGAGGCUGAGGAUGUCUCUGAUGAAGAUGAAGCAGCUGAAAUUGAAGAUGAAUCUGUGAAGACUGAAGUACAGCAGAAGGGGAAGAGUGAUACUUUGAAGCUGGCCAAGGAGCUGUCAGACACAGUUGUCUACUGCAAGAGUGUCCAUUUUGAAGGCUUUGAUGACCCCAGCCAUCCUCGGGCUUUCUAUGAGAUGUCGUCAUUCUCAGAGAGCAAAGCUCUGAAACUGGCCCAGGAGUCUGGAACCAGUUUUAUUCAUCACAACAUCAGGCACCUGAGCCGGAUCUACCCUGCAGGCUGGAGGACAGACUCUUCCAACUACAACCCCGUGGACUUGUGGAAUGUUGGCUGCCAGAUUGUUGCCCUGAAUUUCCAGACAGCAGGCACAGAAAUGGAUGUCUACCAGGGUCGGUUCCAGGACAAUGGGUUUUCUGGGUAUGUCUUAAAGCCGGAAUUCCUCCGGGAUGAGCAAACCAAAUUCAAUCCAAAAUCCAUCACAGAAGGAACAUGGGGGACAAAGAAGAAGCUCCUGCUUAAAAUCAUCUCUGGUCAGCAACUGCCCAAGGUGAACAAAAGCAAAAACUCCAUUGUUGAUCCCAAGGUGACGAUAGAGAUCCAUGGUGUCCAACAGGAUAACAACAAGAAACAGACCAAAGUCAUUGAAAACAAUGGCUUUAACCCGAAAUGGGACGAAGAGUUUACAUUUGACAUAGAGAUCCCUGCACUCGCCCUGGUCCGGUUUGUGGUGGAAGACUUUGACAUGUCGACCAAGAACGACUUCAUCGGGCAGUACACCCUUCCCUUCACGAGCCUGAAGCAAGGUUAUCGCCACAUCCAUCUUCUAACCAAGAACGGAGACCCGUACUCCUCCUCCACCCUCUUUGUGUACAUCAAUAUCCAGGACUGUGAUUAGCAGCUCGGCUCCUUCAGGGCACAGUGAACCUCGUUACAGACCUGGAAGGAAUUCAGUGUGUGAACUCUGCCAAUGUCAGGGUCCUGCCAAUCCCCAGCACCUUCCCUGGAGCAGCACACGGUGCUCUGUAGGACCCCGAUGUGAAACAGCCAUCGACCUUCUCCCUUCUGCGUGCUGGAAACAUCCCACUGCUGCUGUUGAGAUGAAUCCUUUUGUACCUGUUCGACCAACCCAGCUGUGUUUUUAGUUCACUUUAUUUAGAUUUUUUUAAUGUUGCUUUUAGCGAGAGGAUAGAGACUCCUUUUUAGUGAAGUACAGCUCUUGGGUUGGGUUCAGUCAGACAUCUGGACAAAACACCCAACAUCUGUGCCAGAAGAAAAGUCCACCAUUGGCACUGCAAUCAGUGGCCAGGCGCCAGGUGACUUCUUGCAGCUGCAGGUGUCAGCCAUCUUUCAACAUAUGAAGUCUUAAAUGGGGACACGAUUCCCCCCUUCCCUGUUACAGAUUAAAAAAGAAAGCUGCACUACAAAGGCCCGUGUUAUGUAACUCGGCUUUCCUUUUGUGUUGUAAUGAAAAAUACAUGAACACUACCCUGCCUGUGUGCCUGGCUCCCAGCCAGGCUGCUUUGCAUUCAAAGCCUGGCUCUCACCCUGUGAAGGAGAAAGGAGCUGCUGAGUGGCAGAUUUCCCUCUAACCCAAAGUGAAACCCCACUCAAAAGGGACCUCAGAGAACACCUUUUGCCGGUGACACGUAGAAACACACUCGACUGACAGUAGGGAUUUUUUUUUUUUUAAUGUAAUAAAACUGUGUGUUUUUAUAGAAAAAUGUCAUUUUUUAAACACAGAGGAAGUGGCAGUGGAUGUUGUAAAUGUUAGCCAGUCCCAGUUGCACUGUAGAGGUAACCCAGCACAAACACACAGGAGUGUUUUGAACAGUAACUCAGUAUUUAUGGCGAGUGAUUUUUUUUUUAUUUCUUCCAGUAGAACUACAGAGUUAAGGGAAUAUUGUUGAAAUAAAAUAAUAUAUAUUUUGAAAUGCCAGCUAUGUUACUAACAAUGCGUUAGACUAUUAAAAAUUUAAAAAAAUUCUGGAAGAGUCCAGUUAGUUGUCACUAUUUGCCUCUUUGUCCUACUUGAAUGCAGCACACAUGAAUUUGGAGAUAGAUCUGCUUAAUUUCUUAAGUUAUCAGGCUUUCUGGGGUUUUCAGUCCCUGGUGGUGGAGAGGACGGGCUGAUACCAAAAAUGUUAAUGUCUUUUUAAACCUGCUCCAGUCAACUUAUUUUUUGAGUCCAAAAUAGCCUGGAUUUAGUGAUCCUUGGGCCUGCUGUGAAGCUGGGUUUCUUUUACUCCUCUGUGGAGUUUGUUAUGCUUCAGUAAUCAUUGCUGGACACAUUGAUUUUUCCUCUUCACUACAAUAUUGUGAGAUGUUGUAAACUGUUGCCAAAUUAAAUGUGAAUUAUAU